AUGCUGCUGAACAAUAAUGUGACUGAGUUCAUUCUGCUUGGGUUGACCCAGGAUCCUGUUAGGAAGAAAAUUGUGUUUGCCAUUUUCUUGAUUUUCUAUUUGGGGACAUUGUUGGGUAACUUGCUGAUUAUUGCUACCAUCAAGACCAGCCGGGCACUUGGGAGUCCAAUGUACUACUUCCUUUUCUACUUGUCCUUUUCUGAUACCUGCUUCUCUACUUCCAUAGCCCCUAGAAUGAUUGUGGAUGCUCUUUUGAAGAAGACUGCUAUCUCUUUCAGUGAAUGCAUGAUUCAAGUCUUUACUUUCCACUUUUUUAGCUGCCUGGAGAUCUUCAUCCUUAUCCUCAUGGCUGUUGACCGCUAUGUGGCCAUCUGUAAGCCCCUGCACUACAUGACCAUCAUGAGCCAUCGAGUCUGUGGUGGGCUGAUGGCCCUGGCCUGGGUGGGGGCCUGUGUGCAUUCUUCAGCUCAGAUUUCUCUGGCCUUAAGUUUACCUUUCUGUGGUCCCAAUGUGAUUGAUCAUUAUUUUUGUGACCUGCAGCCUUUGUUAAAACUUGCCUGUACAGACACCUAUGUGACCAACCUACUCCUGGUGUCCAACAGUGGGGCCAUAUGCACAGUGAGCUUUGUUGUGCUGAUGUUCUCUUAUGUUAUCAUCCUGCAUUCUCUGAGAAACCACAGUGCUGAAGGGAGGAGAAAAGCCCUCUCCACCUGCAUCUCCCACAUCAUCGUGGUCAUCCUGUUCUUUGGUCCUUGUAUAUUUAUAUACACACGGCCUGCAACCACCUUCCCCAUGGAUAAGAUGAUAGCUGUGUUUUAUACAAUUGGAACACCAUUGUUCAACCCUCUUAUUUAUACACUGAGGAAUGCAGAAGUGAAAAAUGCCAUGAGGAUGUUAUGGAGGAAGAAGUUGAUUUCAGAUGACAAAAAAUGA